CACAUGUCCAGUUGCCAUGCCAGUUGGUGCAGUGGAGGAGAUGUCCCAGGCAGAUCAACAGAGGAGAAAUAACUUUUUCCAGAGGGCAGUCAGUGAAAGCCAGCGAAUGAGUGCUGAAGUCGAGAGAUGCCAACAGCGACACGAGGCUCUGCAGGCAGAGCUGGGAGCAGGCAACCUGCAUGCCUGGACCAUGGAGCAUGCGUCCGAGGUCACUGUCACCCUGCCUGGUCCUUCCCAGUCCACCGAUCCCAUCCCAGAACUUCCGGAGCCCAUGGACUGUAACAAGUAACCUAUGCUGGUCGAGGACUUCUCUGGAUGGAAUGAUUUUUAGAAUUGAUACUCCUUUAUAACACGUCUUUGGUUAAAACAAAGAAUGUUGCAUGAUCUUGAAAAAGGUACAUUGCAACUUGUCUGUUUGUUUUUCUGUGUUUUCCUUCAAUGUCCUGUCAAUGAGGCAUUCAUAGAAUGAAAACAAAGAAUUUGCUAUCUUUUGACUAAGUUUUGUGUGGCUGACUGAUCCAAAGCUAUGCUUGCCUGCAACAUUCUGGGCUUUGCAAUUACAGAGCAGGAUUUACACAAGAUCCUAGUGGAAAAGUUUAUUACUGUGUUUGUUUGAAUUUCUGGUCAUCAAAGACAUGAACGUACUGUACGGUUGUGUUGUUCAUACGUUCACCCUCUGUAUUUCCUAAACAAAUAUGAUUGUAAUGAAUAGGUAAAAAGGUUGUCUCCUUUAAAUGUAGUACAUGUAGAAAGUAAGUUAAUUGAUAAAACAAGGGAAACACCACUUUAGUCAAAUUCUACAUUUCUCCAACUCACUCAUUUAAUAAAAAAAAAAGGAAGAGGGAUAUCAGCCUAUUUUCUACAUUUUGUUAAUGAAGGCACAUUUUACUACAAAGAGGGUGGAUUAGCUUGAGUAAGUUUCAGGCAUUAUAAAUAUGUACAACGCUUGCUUAUAUUUACAAUUACAACCCUAGCGAGGUUUUUAAAAGUCUGAGAAAAAUCUCUGUAAAAGGAAGUUAGGUGACAAAGGAUGUGGACGGCUUGCUUUAUUUUUUUGUACUAUAAAUGCAUAGGGACCAAAAUAAAUACUGGAAGAACGUUACUUAACAAUUAA